GUCUUUGGGUUAUCCUCUCGUCUUUCAAGUUCUCUCUGUGAUGUUGAUCGUUUUGUGUGAGAAAUAAAAAUACCCAUGUUUUUAGAUAAAUAUUUAGUCAUUAGCAAGUAAAUUGCGACUCCAGUGCAACGUUAGGUGCUGCGUAAACCUCUCACUAUGGAGGUGUCGUUUUUCUUUGCGGCUCUGUUACUUUGUGGGACGUUUUUUGUUGAGACUACUUCCCGAGAGCCGAAGCAAUUGGAAGAUCAUGAUUUACAUCGGAUACUGAAGAGUAGCGAUACGGAGCAUUUUAGCCGUAUCCUGGGAGAGAUUUGCAUUCCAAGGGUUGUGGGAACUUCCGGGCACGAGAAGGUGCGGAAUUUUAUUAUUGAGGAGCUUCAGGCAUUGGGAUGGAAUGUGAUGUUGGAUUCAUUUGAGGACCAGACACCCAAUAUGGGUGUCCUGACAUUCCACAAUAUCAUUGCGACGCCGCACAAUGCGUCCAAAUAUCUAGUCCUUGCUGCCCACUAUGACAGCAAAUAUUUCAAGGAUAUCGAGUUCCUGGGUGCCACGGACUCAGCUGUGCCAUGUGCAAUGAUUCUCAAUUUAGCGCAUACGCUACAGAGGGAACUGAAGGAGGUCCCAAGCUCCGGAUUGGGGCUCAUGGUGGUCUUCUUCGAUGGGGAGGAGGCUUUUGAGAAUUGGUCAGACACCGACUCAAUCUACGGUGCUCGACAUCUCGCCAAGCGAUGGGAAGCUGAGGGAUUCCUCAAGCGUAUUGAAUAUUUGGUGCUGCUGGAUCUUCUUGGGGCUCCUGAUCCUAAUUUCUACAGCUACUUCACAACCACUGAACAGACUUACAACCACCUGAUGCUCGGUGAGCGACGCCUUUUGCGCACCGGAAUGCUCGACAACUACAGCUACAGCUCCGUGGCUGAUCGGAAACCCACAACUUACUUCCAGCCCUACACCUGGGCAGCUGGCAUUGAGGACGAUCACAUUCCCUUCCUCCGUCGUGGUGUCCCCAUUAUCCAUAUCAUCCCAAGCCCCUUCCCACACUUCUGGCACAAAGCCACUGACGAUCUCAACGCCGUUGAUCUCGUGGCAACGGAGAACCUCACCAGGAUCCUUCGACUCUUCCUUGUGGAGCAACUCCAUCUGAAAUUGAUGUAAAUUCCUCCUCUCUAGAGCAUUUUGAGGGAGUAAUUAAAGACAGGGUCGGUUAAUUUGUUGACUGUGA